CUCCACCUCAUGAUGCCAUUUAGCAACAGAUGUUCAUUUUGUGCAGCCACACGAAGCCGCUGCAGGCGCCGGACUCGUAUCAAACGUCAAAGGAGGACUCUCUCGGUUGUGUAAUGUUCGUCGGGGCCGCGGAGCUGCAGCGUCCCUUCCCCCUCGCACCGUAGCCGGCAUCCCGGCAUCCCGGCAUCCGCCCCGCGAGUGCUGCCGCCCCGCCGGCGUGAGUUGGUCCGCUAUGGAGGCGCUGUGCACGGCUCCUCCUCUGCUGCUGCUGCCGCUGCUGCUGCUGCCGCUGCUGCUGUGGAGCAGCAGCACGUUUGUUUUCUACUUCAAAAAGUUCUUCUACGUGGCCUGGAUGAUGCUGCUGGCCCUGCUGGCCAUCCCCAUGUGCCUGGUGCGGAGCGGCGGCAGAGACGUCCGGAACAUGAGGGUAAUCCGUUUUCUGGUUCGCCAUGUUAAAUACUUGCUGGGUCUUCGAAUCGAAGUGAGCGGCUGGGAGCAUCUGCAGACAGAGGGUCCUUAUGUGAUCAUCUCCAACCACCAGAGCUCCCUGGAUGUUUUGGGUAUGAUGGAGAUCUUACCCGACCGCUGCACCAUGAUUGCCAAGAAGGAGCUGGUUUACGCGGGAACAGUGGGUCUCAUCUGUUGGCUGGGUGGCAUCGUCUUUAUCAAUCGCAAGAAAACAAGCGAUGCCAAGAGUGUCAUGGCUGAUGCUGCGAAAACAAUGAUGGAUGACAAACUUAGACUGUGGGUGUUCCCAGAGGGAACGCGUAACCAGCAAGGUGACCUUCUACCCUUCAAAAAAGGUGCUUUCCACCUGGCUGUGCAGGCGCAAGUUCCCAUCGUACCUGUUGUUUUCUCCUCCUACGGCAGCUUCUACCAUCGGAAAGAAAAGCAGUUCAACGCGGGGACCAUAAGAUUGAAGAUCCUCCCAAAGAUCGACACAAAGGGGAUGACGACGGAUGACGUGUCGCCUCUGUCUGAGAAAUCCCACGACCUGAUGAGCACUGCUUUCAAGGAGGUCUCUAACUCUGUAACCCAGAGCAACGGGCCCUUGAGGCACUGAAAGUUUACCAAAAAGUCGCGCCUUUAUUUCGGCCUCUGCCUGAGAGAGCCCUAGACUUCCCCGCUUCCCCUACCCAUCAUCUGGCCAGGAAACGACACGAUGCAGGUCUGUUCUUGUCCGUUGAUGCUUGGUCCAGUCUGCCUCUGGCCUAACCCAUACAGCACAGUCGGUCCCGACCCCUCGGCGCUGCUUUGCACGCCGCGAGCGGAGUGACGGACGGCAAGUCGAACAGUAUGGAUAUGUGUCGUUCAUGCAUGCCUUCCGGAUGGCUCUGUCCACCGUCCCCCUCGCUUUGGAAAAGCUUGGUUUUGUUGUCGUCCAGCAUUAUCACCAUUUUCUACUUUUUUUAAAAUAUAUUUGUUUGACUUUUUGCUUCCCUUUUGUCCUUAUCUUUUCACUUUGGCAUUAUUUCUGUUCAUAAACGUCGCUGAUUAUUUAUGCGUUCUCUCACGCUGCCUUGUCAUGUUUGAGUGCGCACGUUCAGAUGCAUAUUAAAAGUAACCCCGUUUUUGCAGCCUCCCUUUGCUUUUAGUGUCUUCGCCCCUUUUUUGCAUUCCAGUCUCUCGUCUAAAGACUAACAAGAGCGGGUGUAUCCACCGGGGCUGUGUGGAGGGGAGAGGUUGACACUGGACGACCACGGACGUCUUCAAGUCCCAUCGCUAUGAAUUCAUACUGAUUCCAUAUUGGCUCUUUAAAAUAUACGACAAUAAUCCAUAAUGUCAGAAAUCCAAACAUGCAAGAUAACCAUGUUUAACAAUAAUAACCUGAUCUGUGUUGAACUAACGGACUUGGUGAACAGAUCAUCUGCAGUGUCGUGUGUCGUCAAUGUGUAAUGGUGAAUCCUUUUCAGUUUCAAAACGUUAGAAGUAACUGUUAAGCAACACUGAAACCAUCUUUAACCUUUGCUAUCAUUAUUUUCACAUUGGCUUAUAUAUAUAUAUAUUUUUUUUUUUUAUUAAGUUAUCUUACGAUUGUUGUCCUUUUUAAACUCAUAGUUGAAGAUAUUCAAGAAAAUGUGUAAAAAAAAAAAAAAAAAAGCAAAACGAAGGUGACUUGAUGUGCUGAAGCAGCACGUCUGUUAUUAGUGAUCCAAAGUGCGAGCUACCUGCUGUGCCAUGACGCCAUAUUAUCUAUGAUCUAUCCAUCAUUGACUGAAUGAUCAGCUUUUGCCAACGAUGUUUAGGCAGAUCUUGAUGUAUCUUGCUGUUGUUUUAUUAUAUUAAUAUUUUUUAUUUGCUUUUUUUGACUGAUUUUCAUUUGUGAUUAACUGGAGGGUUCACUAAUGACUUCACGAAUCGAACUCAAAUUUCUUUCUAAGAAGGGUUCAGUAACUUAAACUAAGUUUUUGUUUGAUAGACUAAAAUGAGGGUUGUCCCCAAUGUGCAAAUGUUUUAGUUGUGAUAUUGGGAGUCGGUUAUGACUUGGUCUCUUUGGAAAGUCUCAGAUUAUUUUUAAAAAGAAUUGUGAAGAAUUUAGGCCUUAAGAUUUAUUGGUUGGGUGUUGAUGAUGCACUUUGGACGGUUCAGCAAGGUUGCUUAUAAUCAAUUUCAUGUUGUGUAAUAUGUACUGACAAUAAGUUCUAAUGCAUACAGUUGACUGAAGAUUUAUUUUAUUUAACACUUGGGUCUUAAUUUUGCUUACUGCCUUUUCCUGUUUCACCGGUUUUGCCCAUCAGACAUCAUCUGAGAAUGUAAUGCAGCAUCCAGGAUAUUAUUUUGAUAAAUUUUUCUUUUAUAUUUAAAGCUACGCUGUGUAGUGGUACCACUUCUGACCACAUGGGGGCAGCAAAAGCGGACAAUAUUGUGCUAAUGAGUGGGUAAGGUCCGGCACAUCUCGUAAUAUUGUUUAUGUCCCAUUAGAGGUGCUCUUUGUUGUGUCUUACCCCAGGGGGUGACGCUAUGGACUGCAGGUGUCCAAUUCCGGUCCUCGGGGGUGGCUGCCUGCAUGUUUUUUAGAUGGUUCCCUACUGGUUGGCGCUGCAUUGGCAGGCGCUGACUCAGCCCAUUAGUGGAUGAUUAAAAAAUGGUCGAAUGGGUCAAACAAGCAAAACCGGAGAUUGCCCGAAACAUGCCCGCCUGAACUCAUUUCAGAUGUUGCUACCAGCACAAUGUUCGAAAUGAGUACCAGUGGUAGAUGCUGCUAGCUGCCUAGAUAAGCUUUGCAGUUGCUGCAGUUCGUUAGCACAGUUACAGCUAGGGGUGUCACGAUACACUAAUCUCACGAUACGGUACGAUACACAAUAUUGAGGUCACAAUAACGAUACGAUAUUAUAGCAGUAUUUUUGUUUUUAACAACCUUGAAUGCGGAACUUAUGACUGGAAAAAAUUGUCUUUUAUUUGAAAGACACAAAAUACAAAACAAUGCUGUGUGUUUGCCCUAUUUUUACAGUUUGUUAUGUUUUAUAACUGUUUAAGUUUUAAAGAGCAAGCUAGGCCAAUCAUUUUCCACAAACUGGACUAAAAGUAAAUUUCAGGUUUGCAUUAUGCAUCUUCAGUUUCAUACAAGUAAAAAUAUUUUGCCACAAACUGAAUAGUUUCUCUCAUGUAUGACUUGACUUUUUUCUUUUCCAGAAAUUUAACAACUCAAAUUAAAUAAAUAAAUAAAAGUAAAUAAAUAAACUAUGAAGACUCCCCGUUCGGCGCCUCAGAAGGGGGAAGCAGUACUCUGCCGGCACCAUUUAUGGUGCGGGUGGGGAGCUGUUGACCUCGACUGGGGACAUCGACGGACGGUGGAAGGAAUACUUCGAGGAUCUCCUCAACCCGACUGACAUGCCUUCCAUUGAGGAAGCAGAGGGUUGGGGCUCUGAGACGUGCUCAUCAUCACCCAAGCCGAGGUCACUGAGGUAGUUCGUAAGCUCCUCAGUGGCACCGGGGGUGGAUGAGAUUCGCCCCGAGUACCUCAAGUCUCUGGAUGUCGUAGGGCUGUCUUGGUUGACACGCCUCUGCGACAUUGCAUGGAGGAAGGGGACAGUACCGCUGGAGUGGCAAACUGGGGUGGUGGUCCCUCUGUUUAAAAAGGGGGCCUGGAGAGUGUGUUCCAACUAUAGGGGGAUCACACUUCUCAGCGUCCCCGGGAAACAAUGCGGUUUUCGUCCCGGUCGUGGAACACUGGACCAGCUCUUUACCUCCGCAGGGUGCUCGAGGGUUCAUGGGAAUUUGAUCAACCAGUCUACAUGUGCUUUGUGGAUCUGGAGAAGGGAUUUGACCGUGUCCCUCGUGCCAUUCUGUGGGGGGUGCUUAGUGAGUAUGGAGUCCGGGGCCCUCUAUUAAGGCCUGUCCGGUUUCUGUAUGAUCCAAGCAGGAGUUUGGUUCGCAUUGCCGGCAGUAAGUCAGACUUGUUCUCAGUGCAUGUUGGACUCCGGCAGGGCUGCCCUUUGUCACCGGUCCUGUUCAUAAUUUUUAUGGACAGGAUUUCUAGGCGUAGCCAGGGGCCGGAGGGGGAUCCAGUUUGGGAACCUCAGGAUUUCAUCUCUGCUUUUUGCAGAUGACGUUGUCCUGUUGGCUUCAUCGGACCGGGACCUUCAGCAUGUGCUGGGGCGCGUUACUAAUAAACACAAUAUAUCAAUAUUAAUAACCCAAUAUCGCGAUAGUUUGUCACCUCCACGACACGCAUCAUGAUGUUUUUGUAUCGUGAAAUUUUGUGGCACGAUAUAUUGUUACAUCCCUAGUUACAGCACAACAAAGAAUCCUGUCUUUAAAUUCAAAGUGGCUCUGUACUGUUAGGUCUUUAUGCACAGCUCAGUGGUUAAAACAUUGGAAAUUACUUAGUAACUUAAGCAAUGACUCCUAGCCAAUGACCAUGACAAACUGUUAAAAAAGGUAUGGGGCUAGCUAUGAGGCCCUAAACCCUUUUUUAUCCUCUCCUUAAACAGAGGAAAAUGGUUAUUAACUUGUUUGGAGGUAGCCUGUUGAUUGGUUGAGGAACUGCCAUUUUUCAUACUUUCACAUUGUUGUUGGCAAUGAAACCUGGAUGGUUUUUAUUCCCAUGACCCAGGCACAGACUUUCUUUUGAUGUGCUGCCCCCGUGUGGUUGGAGGUGAUAUUGCAAAUGUAGAGUGGCUUUAAUUAAAAGUGGGCUGUUGCCUUGCUUAUAGCUGGUAUCAGAUCUUGCAGGGUUUCUUUUUCUUUCAUGUUUUAGUAGUAUACUUAAGAUUAACAUAUUGUGUACACAGAACCUUCGAGGAAGUCUGAGUGGAUUUAUCUUAGACGCCUGUAAGCUGCUGUUUGUAGUUGAAUGCAACAGUAGUUUUAGUGAUUCAUAUUCUAAAUACGUAUAAAAAUCAGGAUUUCUAUUUCCUUUUUUUUUUAGUUUAGACAUAUUUAUUAAUGUGAUUAUGGGUCUAUUAAAAACAGAUCUGAUCAGAACCUCUGCUGCCAGUUCUCUGAAUGUUUAAAAGCACUAUUCUAAAUUGGCGUCAUCCCAAAAACCAUGUAUGUACAUUUAAAUUUUGUCAAGUGUUCAUUUAUUACUUGUUGAUUUAUUGGUUGUUUUUAUACAAAAAAAACCCAAACUAUUGUGUGAAUUAUGAGCCUUGUGUCACAAGAUUGAAGCCACCAGGCUCAGCAUCAACCUCGCCUGGUGAUUUUUGGGAAGUUGUUUAAUAUGUAACAUUGGAAAAGUAUUCUGAACCUUAUUAAAGCACUUUUCAUGCUUAGUGCGUGUGUGCAGAAUAAACUGAUUUCUUCUUGA